AUGUCUGAGAAACACGUGAACGCUAGAUCACCCGUUGGCAUUGAACCUGAGCUCGCCAAGUCUGACCCCGAUGUGAGUGGCAGCAACAGCAGCACCAGCGACGCCGAGGGGACCAAGUCUGGCUUUCGCAUCCGCGGAAGGGAACGACAGGGUGUCACUUUCGCUGGCAAAGGUCUGGCCGAGGACCACUACAGGCCAAUCGACAGCUAUGAAGGCAUUCAUCGAUAUGAUCCCAAAUUCGACUGGGAGCCAGAAGAGGAGCGAAGAGUCGUUCGCAAGAUCGACUACAGGAUCUGUAGCUGGGUGUGCCUGAUGUUCUUCGCCCUCCAGCUGGAUCGAGGAAACAUCUCCCAAGCACUGUCGGAUGACAUGCUUCCCGAUCUGGGUCUUAACACCAACGACUACAACUAUGGUCAAACCAUCUUCCUGGUCUCCUUCCUAUGUGCUGAGCUGCCGUCUCAGCUGAUCAGUAAGAAACUUGGGCCUGAUAACUGGAUUCCAAUCCAGAUGGUGUCUUGGAGUCUUGUCGCCAGUAUGCAAGCCUUCCUCAGUGGUCGUAAAUCCUUCUUCGCCUGCAGAGCUCUCCUUGGACUUAUUGAAGGUGGAUUUAUUCCUGACAACAUCCUCUACCUAAGCUACUUCUACACGGGCUGGGAAUUGCCGGUAAGGCUGAGUUGGUUCUGGGUGUCCUACCAGUCUACGCAGAUCAUCUCGGCCUUCAUGGCCUAUGGUAUUCUACGACUUGGCGGCCACAAUGGCAUGGAAGGAUGGCGCUGGCUCUUCGCUCUUGAAGGCAUGUUGACCGGCAUCAUCGGAAUAAUCUCCUACUUCUACCUCCCACCAUCGCCCACGCAGACAGCCAGUAAAUUCCGCGGGAAAGAUGGCUGGUUCAACGAGCGUGAGGAGAAGAUCAUGGUCAACCGCAUUCUUCGCGACGACCCUUCCAAGGGCGACAUGCACAACCGACAAGCCCUCUCUCUAACAAUGAUCUGGGAGUGCCUGACUGACUACCACAUGUGGCCCAUCUACGGCCUCGGACUGACCUGGCUCAUCCCCACACAACCCAUGUCCGCCUACCUGACGCUUCAAAUCCGCUCUCUCGGCUUCGACACCUUCCAAACGAAUCUUCUAACCAUCCCCGCCUACGUAAUCUUCAUCCUCCAACUCCUCUUCUGGACGCGCCUCUCCGAGAAAAUCAACGAACGCUUCCUGCUGGCCCUGGCCUCGCAACUCUGGGCGCUCCCUCUCCUCAUCGCCCUGUACCUCCUCCCCGCCGGCGCCUCCCACUGGGCCCGCUACACCAUCUGCAUCCUGAUGGUCGGGCACCCGUACUUCCACGCCAUCAUCGUCGCCGUCACGAGCCGCAACGCGGGAUCCGUGCGCACCCGCACUGUCGCUUCCGCGCUGUACAACAUGUUUGUGCAGACGAGCGGCAUCGCGAGUCAGAAUGUGUACAGGAAUGACGACAAGCCGCUGUAUCGGAGGGGUAAUAAGACGUUGAUUGGUAUUGCGUGUAUGAAUAUCGUGCUGUUUAUACUGACGAAGGUGUACUAUGUUUCGGUGAAUAGGAGUAGGGAUAAGAGGUGGAAUGCGAUGUCGGCGGAGGAGAAGGAGCAUUAUUUGGCGACAACGACGGAUAAGGGGAAUAAGCGGUUAGAUUUCAGGUUUGCGCACUAA